AUGCGGAGCAAGAAGUUCAGUCUUUUCCUGAAGGCACUGAUAUGCAUUUCGGUGUUUCUCCUGAUCACAGCAUGUUUAGGAGGUGAGUUGAAGCAUAUCCAAAACUUGUACGUCUCUAACAAUCAAGACAACCAUUCCUUGAAAGCAAGUGCAGUUCAGAUAUAUAAUCAUCGGAAACUGUUACAAGCUGUGGAUUCUGAGGUUAUGAAUGAUAGCAGCUCGAGUUCUGAUGAACAAUUGCAGCCCCCAACUAGUAAUGAGCCUGGUUCAGACAAAAAAAAGUGGGACAAGCAACUUGUAGAUUGGCUACCGUAUAUUCUUGGCAUUGUUUGUAUAAUCUUGUUCUUUGUUGUCAUCUACUUUGUAACUGUGAACGUUAAUAAAGAGGCUAAAGAGCAGGAGAUCCUGAAAUCAUUAGCACAUUCUCCUCAGGAAAAUAAUCCUCCACCUGCGCUUAUUGAAGAAGUCCUAAAGCCUGAAGAAGGGCGAUCCGAACUUGUGUUCUUUGUUGAAGAGGAAGAAACUUUUAAAUUGGAUGAUCUCUUUGAAGCCACAGCUGAUUUACAGAGCCAGACCCUCUAUAGUAGCCUUUACAAGGUAAUACUUAAGAAUAAUUCUAUCUAUGCUGUCAGGAGAUUGAAGAAGCUACAAGUAUCGUUCUCAGAGUUCAGCAAAAUAAUGAGGCAGAUAGGAAAGUUGAAGCAUCCGAACAUUUUACCCCUAGUUGGCUACAAUUCUACAAGUGAAGAAAAACUUUUAAUAUACAAGUACCAAAACAAUGGAAGUCUGCUAAAUCUGCUAGAGGAUCACAUUGAAGGCAAGAAGGUGUUUCCAUGGAAACUUAGGCUAUGUAUAGCAAUUGGCAUUGCAAGAGGCUUAGACUUCAUAUAUCAGAAUUCUCGAAAUCCUGAGACCAUCCCACAUGGAAACCUGAAGUCUUCGAACAUCCUGUUAAAUGAAAAUGAAGAACCUCUAAUAAGUGAAUAUGGGUUUACAAGAAUUCUAGACCCCAAGAAAGCUUCUUUAUUUCCCUCAAAUGGUUAUACAGCACCUGAGAAGACCUUAUCAGAACAAGCAGACGUGUUUAGCUUUGGAAUAAUUCUACUCGAGCUACUAACAGGAAAAGCAGUAGAAAACAGUGGAAUAGACCUGCCUAAAUGGGUAAGAUCUAUGGUAAGAGAAGAAUGGACUGGAGAAGUUUUUGAUAAAGAAGUUAACAAUGCAGGAAGAGAAUAUGCAUUUCCUUUGCUAAAUAUUGCCCUGAAGUGUGUAUCAAAUUUGCCUGAAGAUAGACCUACAAUGGCAGAAGUGAUGGAAAAGAUAGAAGAAGUAGUAAAUGUACAUGAUGACAUUUCUAUUUCAUCUAUGGCUUCAAUAGAAUCUACCCCACAAGAUUGCUGUUUGCUUCACACUGUCAUACCUGAAACCUGGGAUACUCCAGGCUCAAAUUAUUGA